UGACAUGCGCGCCAUGGAAUUUCAAAAUGGCGGACGGUGGCGAGAACUACUAUGAUACACUUGGCGUUCAUAAAGAUAGCACGGAAAAGGAGAUUCUUAAAGCGUACAGGAAGAAAGCUCUAAAAUGCCAUCCGGACAAAAAUCCAGAUAACCCAAAAGCUUCGGAACUUUUUCACAAGCUCAGCAAAGCACUCGAAGUACUCACUGACCCUAAAGCAAGAGCUGCUUUCAACAACCUACUCAAUGCCAAAGAGAGAAACAAACUGCGUAACCAGAAAUUGGAUGCAAAAAGGAAGAAAUUUAAGCAAGAUCUUGAAGAAAGUGAAAAAUCAGCCAAACAAGAAAAGGAAAGUGAUGAAGAAAUUGCAAGACGCUUGCAGGCCGAGAUAGAAAGACUCCGUGAGGAAGGCUCAAGACUUCUACAGGAACAACAAGAGUUGCUAAAAGCACAGAUACGAGAAGAAGAACAGAAGACAGAUGAUCUUGAUCAACAACAUCUUACACCAAAGCUUAAGAUUAAGUGGAAGAGUAAAAAAUCUGAUGAGUGUAAUGGUGGCUACAAUAAAGAGUUGCUAUUAGCACUGUUUCAAAAGUAUGGUGGUGUCACUCAUCUCCUGAUCUCAUCCACAAGGAAAGGAAGUGCAAUAGUGGAAUACGAACAUGUCACAAGUGCGAGGAUGGCUUUGAUGAACGAAAAAGGAAAUGCAGACAACCCUUUGACUAUAAGCUGGCUAGAGAAGCCUCCAUCUGCCACGAUCCCUACCCCAACAAUUCCAGACAGGACAGAAUCCCCAGUCUUAAGACCAUCAGAAUCGAUUGCAGUAUCAGACAGAGACUAUGAGAAUUUGACACUAAUGAGAUUAAGACAAGCACAGGAACGAAAGAGAAUUAUAGAACAGAUGGAGAGGGAAGAAAGGGAGCAGGAAAUUUAGUACCUUGCAUAAAUGUAUAUUGUGUAUAUAUUUAAAUCAAAAUUGUUUGCUAUAUGUAGGUAUUUUUAUGAAACACUUUCAUUAAAGCCCUUUCUUUCAUACCAUUACCCCAGUACUUUUUAGGAAAAUAAAAAAACAAGAUUUUAUUUUCAUUUUUUUAUAGUACACAUUCAUUUCUACAUAGAGACUUGCUUUUUAAAUAAACAAAACUAAGAAAACAACUCUGAGAAGAUAAAAAUAUCGUGAAUAAGCAGCGAAACAUUGCUUGGCCUGUUUUUUUAGCUAUUAAAGUGCUGGCACUGUGCACUAUGCCUAAUAACAGAUAGCAAACAGACAUUACUGGGUAAGCAAACAUUAUUCCAGGGAAAGUAAAGAGUUUGUCUCUUGCUUGAUUGCGGUAUAUUGGACAUGUUGUAUCUGGCAAAAA